AUGUUUCAAUUAAUUUAUCAAGUAAUAAUCUAUCAAUUAGUCAUUAUAAAAUCGAUAAAUGCUGUAGCUGGUCGAUGUUAUUUAUGUUAUGAGAAUACAUUAGCAGAAUGUUCAGGAAAUUCUGAUUUUCUGCAAUGGUAUACUGAACCAUGUAAUGGUCAAUGUGUAUUUUUUCAAGAGAAUAAUACGGUUGUUAGAGGAUGUUCAUGGACAUAUGGACAUAUGUCAAAGAAAAUUGGUUGGCAUCAAUUAAAUAAAGAAACAACGGCCUAUUUUUGUGAUUCUAAUUUGUGUAAUAGUGGUACCUACGCCGAAUUAUUAACCAAACGAUUUUUAUCGGAAAACCCAUCAUUAGUAGAAAAUAACAACAAUAAUAUUCAGUUUGAUAUUAAUCCUGGCGCAAUUCAAAGUCGUAAAGUAAAGAUGUGUUAUACAUGCACUGCUGAUAUGCCAGGUUGUGGAGAAUUUAUGAAUGUUCAAAAUUUGAAAGUAAAUGUUGAACCAUGUAGUUCAAGUUGUGUCAUAUUUCGAAAUCCGUUGGAUAAUAAUCUUUUACAUCGUGGAUGUGCAACAAAAUGGUCAUAUAUUCAAGCAAAAAAUGGUUUUCAUAAAUUUUUAGGAACAGAUGCAUUUUUUUGCGAGGAAUCUUUGGAAGAGUUUGUUAUGCACAACGAAAGAUUUAUUCUAACGGUCAUGGUUUCAAAAAUCGUUGUCUAUUAUGUUACAGGUAUUUUUCAAAACAAACCUCAAAUCAUGUUCACAUUUCCACCAAUUUAUCCUACGUCAACUACAACCGAACAACCAGUAAUUUCUGUUCCAGAUGAUGAAACUGAAAUUAAUGAGAAUGAAAACAAUUGGACUACUAAUAAUAUCGAUCAGAUCGAUGCACCUUUAGAACAUUUUUUUACACAACAAACUACGAAUACCUCUAUAAUUCCUGUGACAACGACUACCAUUAUUAGUUCUACAGCUUCAGAAGAUCAAUUUGAACCAAAAUUAACAUGGUGGGAUAGAGAGAGUGAAGAAAUUAAGGAAGUAGGCGAUAAUACCUAUUAUUACUAUCAAAUAAACAAUUUUAACAAUAAUCAAACAAUUUUUAACGACGUUGAUCUAUUGAAUCCAUCGAAUAAUCAAAUAAUACCGAUAAUAAACGAUAAUAGUUCAACAUUGGAAACAGUUGUCAGCAAACUUCAAGACAGUGUUGAGGAUGAUGAUGAUGGAGAUUGGUCACUUUUUACCACAAGUACACCAAAGUCCUUAACAGCUCAAUUUGGACAUUUAUUAGAAAUUGAUGAAAUAAAAAAUAAUAGUGAUGGAAACGUCUUUAUUCUUUAUGACGAUAAUGAUCCAUAUUACAAUCUAUCAAAUGUGGAUGAGGAAGAAAAUGAGCUAUCUAUUGUUCUAUCAACAACCACUCCACUUGAUACGUUAAGUCACUUUGACAAUGUAUCCACCACUACUCCCAUCGAUAUUAUGAGCCUAUCUAAAGACAGUACUAAACAAGACAUAGAUCCAUUUGAAUUUACAAAUGUAAUACCUGAAGAAAACGAGCAAAAACAAUCGUCGCUAAAUUAUCCAAACUUUUUAUGGAUGUUAAGUUUAGCAAAUCAUUCUUCAUUAUUAUCAAAUAAUACUCUUUCACGUGAUCCAAAAGGAAAAAUUCAAUCUAAUCUGCGUAAUCAACGACAUCGUUUAUCAACCACCACGACCGUUCCACCGAAACAAUUUUAUCCAACAUUAAAAUGGCUUAAUAUAAAGCCACCCAUUGUACUUAGUUCGGAGUUAAAAAAUAAAACUAAAAAGAAUAAUCAACAAUCAACAUCGACUACUAUUAAAACCAAAUAUCAUUUUCGCUCAACCACUCAAAAAACUCAAACAACAAAAAAAAAAUAUCAUUAUUGUGAAAAUAAAUCCUGUUUGCACGAAGGAAAACUGAAUGCUGAUUGUCUAUGUCUUUGUUUGCCUGCUUAUGGUGGAGAAAAUUGUUUUUAUCUAAUCGGUUUUCAGAAUCAUAGUUCAACUAAAUCUGAUCCGAGAAAACGAGCUCGUACGACAAGUGGUGACACUCAUGACUUUGACAAUGAUCAACCAAAGUCAAAAAAAGUGUUUUCCGAUGGUUUGGAUGAAUCUCUGAUUGGUGACGCAGCCGAUCGUAAUUGGUUAACAACACUAUCCGAACGAGAACGGGAAGCAGAAUUAGCAAAACGGCAUGAACAAAGAGAAAUACUAAACAGAAGAGAAGAAAUUAGUAAACGUUUAAAAUUAAAAGCUGGAGAUACAAAUGUAAUUAGUGAAGAAGAGGGAGAAAUCGAAGACGAUGAAGAUACACAAAAUAAUGAUGGCGAAGAUGGUGAAAACUUAUCUGAUGAACGACGAAGUAAACAUUCAGAUUAUCGUCGAAGAAAUGAAGAUAACACUCAUGACGAUAGUUCUAAUUCGAGUACUGAGGAUACUCGCACUAAAUCCACAUUAAAAUCUUAUGAUAAAAAACCGAUAGCAAUGAACGAUGAUAUUUACGCUGAUGAUGAAGAUGAUCGACCAACAAAUAGACGUCUAGUAAAUAUAACAAAACAAAAAGAAACACAGCAUCGUAAAUUGUUACAACGUUUACAAGAAGAUCGAGAACGAAAAAGAAAAAACGAAGAAAAAUUGAAAAAUCCAUCAUCAAAAUCAAAUGUAUACUUGAGUGAUUCAAGUGAUAAUGAAGAAGAAGGUCGAAAUGAAAACAAAAAAAGUGGUGUGAUAUUGAAAGCAAAUGAAGUUUUUUCAAGUUCAGAUGAAGACAAUGAUGACGCUCGUUCAGAUGAUGAGAGAAAAAAUAAUCGUCUCCGUCGAAGAUCUCGAAGUAGUAGUGAAACAGAAACAUUAGAAAAAGAAUCAAAACGAAAACGUUCAACGUUUAUUAGUACCGCAGAAGAUUUAACCAAAAUGAAAUUAUCAAGAUUUAAGAUGGAGAAAUGGUGUCAUGCUCCAUUUUUUCCCGCUGUAGCUAGAGGAGCAUUUGUUCGAAUCAAUAUUGGACAAAAUGCUGGUAAUCCAGUUUAUCGUAUUGGUGAAAUUCUUGAUGUUGUCGAAACAGCAAAAGUUUAUCAACUUGGAAAUACGCGAACAAACAAAGGACUUCGAUUAAAGCAUGGAUCAAACGAACGUGUAUUUCGGCUUGAAUACGUCUCGAACAGUCAAAUAAGUGAUCAAGAGUUCAAACGAUGGCGUGAAACAUUAAUUAAACAGGGUAUAAAGUUGCCAACAAUGGAAGAUGUUGAAAAUAAACAGAAAACGAUUCAAAAAUAUAAUAAUUAUUCACUUAACGAAAAAGAUAUUGAUAAAAUGGUCCAAGAAAAGCAACGUUUCCGUAAAACACCAAUUAAUUAUGCGGUUAAAAAAUCAUUAUUAUUAAAAGAUAAAGAGAUGGCAAAAGAUGACAAUAAUAUCGAAUUAGUAAAUAAAAUAGAAAAAGACAUACGUGAAAUAGAAGAACGUGCUUCUGAACUGGACAAAAAAAGAAGUGAAAGCAUAUCAGUUAUUAGUCAAAUUAAUCAAAAAAAUCGACGAACUACUCAAAAAAAUGUUGAAUUAGCAUUAAUUAGAGAAGCUCAAGAACAUCGUAAUGCAGCGCCCGAUCCGUUUACUCGACGUCGUUGUGAACCGAUAUUAGUUACAAAAGCUCCUCCAACAAAAGUUAAUUUAAUUCGAGAAUUACAAGAACGACGAGCAGCGGAUGAAUUACGAAAAAAAUUAGAAGAAAAACGAUUAGCUGAUGAAAAAGCUGCUGUACAAAUGGCAUCGACGUUGAAUUUACAUGAAAAUGAUCUAAAUAUGACAACAAUCAAUUCUACAACUACCACGACUACAACAACCAUUAAAGGAGUGAUACCACAAAAGAGUUCCUCAACAUUAAUUGAACGUGGCUCAUUUACAUCGUCGUUCAAUGAUAAUAACAAUGAUGAUAUAUUUGCUUCACAUGAUUUUGAACUGGAUUUUACGAUUAAAGUUCAACAAGAUUAA